AUGUCUGGCAAGUACGUUUUCACUCGAGGCCUGAAGGAGCUCCGCUUCCUCUUCUGCCAAACCUCCGAAGCGAGCGCGGCCACAAGGUCCUUCUUGAACCGCGCCUACCCAACUAUGAAGAAGCACAACCCCCAGACUCCCAUCAUGAUGCGAGAGGCCGCGGGCAUCCAGCCGCGAGUCUUUGCCCGAUAUGCCUUCGGCAAGGAGAAGCAAGAAGCGUUGUCCGGCCUGUCGGACACCCAGAUCGAAGAGCGCAUUACACAGUUGGUGAAGCAGCAGCUAUAA